AUGGCAAAUGCAGCAGACGCUUUAAAGAGAUUUGAAGUUGAAAACAACAUUCAACAAGUAGAUCAUGACUCAUUGUUUAAAUAUAAUGAAGUUCAAUAUAAACAAUUCUUGGAUGCAAAACCAUGGGCUAAAGAUCCACACUAUUUCAAACAUGUAAAGAUUUCAGCUAUUGCAUUAUUAAAGAUUGUUAUGCAUGCAAGAUCAGGAGGAAAGUUGGAAGUUAUGGGUUUGAUGAUGGGAAAGAUUGAAGCCCACACUAUGAUUAUUAUGGAUUCUUUUGCUUUGCCAGUUGAAGGUACCGAAACUAGAGUCAAUGCCCAAGCCGAGGCUUACGAGUACAUGGUCGAAUACCUUGAUCUCAUCAGAAAGACUGGUAGACUCGAGAAUGCUAUCGGUUGGUAUCACUCUCAUCCAGGUUAUGGUUGUUGGUUAUCUGGUAUUGAUGUUAGCACUCAAAUGGUUAAUCAACAAUAUUCUGAACCAUGGUUGGGUAUUGUAGUUGAUCCAACACGUACCAUUUCAGCAGGCAAGGUUGAGAUUGGUGCCUUUAGAACCUAUCCAGAAGGUUACAAACCACCUAAUGAUGGUCCAUCUGAAUACCAAACCAUUCCAAUGUCAAAGAUUGAAGAUUUUGGUGUUCAUUGUAAACAAUAUUAUCCACUUGAAAUUUCAUAUUUCAAAUCUUCAUUGGAUUCACAAUUAUUAGAUAAAUUAUGGAACAAAUAUUGGGUUAAUACCCUUUCGUCUUCUCCAAUCUUUACCAAUCGUGAUUAUAUUACAGGUCAAAUUGGUGAUAUUAGUGAGAAAUUAGAACAAGCUGAAAGUCAAUUAUCAAAUUCAAAGUCAUCAUUGUUGUUGGGUGACAAGAAAAAGGAAGAAAGUCAACUUGAUAGAAUCGUAAAGGACAGUUCCAAGGUUACCAUUGAACAAGCUCAAGGUAUCAUGUCUCAAGUUAUGAAGAAUCUUGUUUUCAAUCACUCUUGCAAACCACAAGUUGGUCGGUCAUACUUUAAUUGGUCAAUGAUUGAUAUCGCUAUGACCUAUUUAUGUUAUUGUUUAGUACAUCAAGGGUUCUAUUUGUUGAUUUCGUCAGAAGGAGCCAAAAACAUCUACUCUUAG